AGAUUUUAGUUUUCCUAACGUUCCUUGAGUGUCACAAUAUGUAGUUGAUAGUAGCCGUACUGGAAUCUUUGCUCUUUAUCAGUGUUGCAUUUUUGUUACACUGGCAAGCGUUUUUCUACCAGAGCGCAGACACGGGAUCUAUAACUGAAUAAAAUGUUCGAUUUUGCUGUGCCUUAGUCCGUCGUCACCAACAACCCUGGGAGUUUCGCUUAUGGUUUAAGGAGCCAAGGGCGGUCCUGAUUCGACGUUUCCGACACGAUGUCGGCGAUUCGUGGCGUCCUCACGAAUGCUUGGAAGAGUAUCCUGUUUGACGUUCGUUACGGUACGAAUCUACGUCUGAAGACAUGGCAGCGACGUGCGCCGGCUGUUGCUUUGAUUAUGGAUGGCUUUGGCUUUGGUUCAUCAAUUCUGUAUGUUGAGGAGAUCAUCUUCCGAUGGAAUAACUUAUUAAAUUGGUCGAGUUAAUAUUACAACUCGUAUCUGUAGUUUCUGUUCUAACACGACAUCCGGCGGUUUCCUGUUCGGUUUCCUUAUGGUGAACAAGAAGGCAACACAGUGCGAAAUGGGGGUACCGGAAGUGAAGAAGUCGAGUCUGAUGUACGAUAGAAGUUUCAGACCGGAUUUGGAGAUAAGCUUUACUCAACGACUGGAGCGUGCAGCCUCACUCCUAGCGCCGAUCCAGCAUCAUAUGUACUGUUGGAUGCAGUCGAGGCUCGACCCGCAUGCACGCGACAAAUGGCUGGAUUUUUAUGAAGGACUGAAGAGUUAGAGGACUAGGACAUUCAUUUGGAAUUGGAUGUGCAAUUGAAUAAAGCAGUGGCAGAUAGAUACGUGGGAUGGACAUUCAUUUGGAAUUGGAUGUGCAAUUGAAUAAAAGAGUGGCAGAUCAUACGUGGGUAGGGGGUCGUAGAAAUCUGCUUUGAUAUCGUGCGUACCACAAUGCUGGUGCUCGGUUUCGCAACGUGGCUGUCAAGAAAUAGUCAGUAUAAGACAGAUGAUCUACCACUUCUAAUCGCCCACUUCCCUGCCUCGCCACGGAGAAGAGGGUGGAGAAGACAACUGCAAGAAGUGUGAAAAUGAGGAAUUGCGGGACGCCAACGUGCCCGAUUUUCUGGCAAACUUAUGGGUGGAUCGCGGUUUCUUGGACCUCAAAUUCCAGCACAGACCCAGACUUCCUUCAUCGGUGAAGAUAUCACCACUCGAAAAAACCGAAUCCUUCAUUGAAGGAGUGACCGCGGGGAUGGAAGGACGUACUUUUUUGAUGGAAAAUUGUAGUGGAUGUUUGCUGUGUAUUUGAAUAGCGCUAAAUGCAAUGUUAACCUGCACGACAAUCUCUACUCUAGUAGAAGUUUCUCCCUCAAAUCAGCCGAUAACUACGAGAAGAACAAGAAGAUCGGGGAGCGAAUCGACGUUAUCAAUCGGGGAAACGAGGGAGAAGACAUACGAACAACUGUGGAUCCGACUUAUCCGCACUACUCGUAUCCUUUUAUCAAGCAGACGCAUGAUGCUGUUCAGACUCUGGGUGUAGUGAAGAUGGAGGGUCUGCUGCCUUUGAACAUUAUACGAGAAGUGAGACGGAAAAUGGAUAUUGCGCCACUGAGGUAGAAGUGUUAACUGUGAGUUCUUAGUUUGGAUUGCAACUUGCUUGUUAUUUUUGUCUGCAUAUACUAGCCCGGGGAAGGGCAUCCUCCACAGGGGCAAGCGGGGAGUUGGUAAAGGCAAGGAACUAGGAAUAUGGCAGCACUGCCAAGCUCCGAGGUUCUUUAAUUAUUUUAUGAUCUUAGGUGGCUCAAUUCCAGUGCGUUCAAGAGUGAGCUCAUGUUUGGACGAUAGUGCCAAGCCUUCCUGCUGGUAGUGCCAAGAGUCUAUCUUAGUAGUGCCAGGAGUCUGUGCCGUUGCCGGUAGCGCCAAGGUUUUACGCUGGUAGUGUCAAGAGUUCAGGGCGGUAGUGCCAAGAGUCUACGUCGGUAGUGCCAAGAGUCUACGUCGGUAGUGCCAAGGGUCUACGCUGGUAGUUCCAGGAGUCUAUGUUGCUAGUGCCAAGAUUUUAUGUAGGUGGUGCCAGGAGUCUAGGGUGGUAGUGUGUACUGGGAGUGCUGCGAGUCUGUGCUGGAAGUGCCGAAGGUUUAUGCUGCUAGUGCCAAGAGUUCACGAGGCUGAAAAAUGCGCGCUGGCUUUGUGGUGGUGUGGUUGUGGAUGCUAUCCGUGGCUGAGUCGGCCACUGUUUCUAAGUCUACGAAAAUGCUCUAACUCUUGUGCAUUUCAGCUUGUGUAACACCUCCAUGAUCAAAACCAUUUCUGCCCAGGCGCUCACCCUACGAGAAGCUUCAUUCGGAUUGGCGGGAAGACGUGGAAGUAAAAGGUCUGAAAGAAGGCUCUAAUAACGGAGCUGGCACAUGGGUCAAGACACGCUCGGAGAAAACGGAAGAAUACGUAGCAGAAGGGUCACGGAAAUUGCAAGUAUGGCUUGAGGAGGUGGAUUAACAGCCAGAAGCACAACUGCUCCACCACCAGCACCACAGGUAGUUCCACCAGCACCACAGGUUCCACCACAUCAAUCUUCACCAACAGUAUCAUAGGUACAGUAGUCGGUAGGAGGGUCGGUAGGAGUUGUUACCUGAAUAGGACAACGGUUGCGGUUGCCUUGCUAGUUCUUGAGAGGUAGAGACUCCCUUCUUCCAAUCUUGUAGUUUCUAGAGUGCAAUAAAUCAAAAUCAUCUCGUUCAUUCUCUCUCUACGACACGAUAUCCGAAUUCGAGUGUCGGCGGUUUGAUCCUCAGUAUAUCCUGCAUUUCCCGUACGAAAAGCAGAGAGCUCGCGCAUGGAAGGAAAAGCAAGCUGCAAAAGAGGCAAACUGUAUGGGUGAAACUCAAGUUUUUUCCAUAGUUACGACCAGCGUGGCACUCUUUUCACGGGGAAAAGGAUGCCAGUAUGGUCCGCCUAAUUUGAAAAUACUCCUUUCAUAAACUGCGACUACAUCGAUGGCUCCGUAGACAGCGAUAUGAUCUGGGCCAAGGGACCCAAGCCGGCCGCUUUAGAUAAGAGUAGCACUAGGGACGCUUUUUCGGGAGAAGAUGGUAGAAGAAGCGUCUCCGAUAGUGCCGCUUUAGCAACAACCGAAGGAGAUCAGGACAAGAUGGACAAUCCCUACACCAGGGAACGUCGAAAAAACUAUUUGCAGGCGGAAACGAAGGGAAACGUAGGUUUCAAGGGUCGGAGGUGGGAGACAUUCGAUGAAUUGUUAAGGGUAGGUUAAAGGUGCUUUUGUUACCGUUUGUUAUGGCUCUCCUAAGGAGGACAGCCAUAACAAGCGGGAUAAACGAACGCCAAAAACCUACCUCUAAAAUUGGCAGAGCUGUGGUUGAAAGAUAGCGACCCGCGGGAUGAAAAUCCUAUUUUGCCGAACAAUACUAGCAGCAUCGGACGGACCUACUUUUUCAUCAAGAAUACGCACUUCGAGAAAGUGGUACUAGAUUUCUUAGCAUUUACUGGUCUUUGCACAUCAGCGAUGUGUGGAAGAACAACACGUAACAAUCUAUCAUUUAGUACUUAUUCAUUCUCAUAAUUUUUACCACAAAUCAGACAUCCUCAAGUCCUACUUAUCUUCACCAUCGCUUCGACACCACAGAUAAGUCCAAUCCUGACUUUCCUGACGCCGAUGGUGAACACGUAUUUUGAAACGAACGCUUCCGGGAAAGUGCCUUUUGUUUCGAAUAUAGCGUUGUCCGUGAACAACAGUCGAUGUAUGAGCGAAGCCUGGCAUCGGGAUUCUGCGACGCCAGGGGUCACUUUUGUGAUUCCUCUGACCCAGAUCCCGGAAACCUUGGGAGGCCUGGAAUUCUUGUCGCAUUCGCACAGGAAGAGGGAAGCUUAUGAUUGAAUUUUUGGUAGCGCAUAGUUGCUUUUGAUUUGAUAGAUGAACCAAUCAAUCAAUCAAUCAGUCAAUCAAUCAAUCAAUCAAUCAAUCAAUCAAUCAAUCAAGAGUACUGCGUAGAAGACCACUGCUUGCCUUUCCCUGAUAGUUUGACUCAGUGCGUUCUCCUUGCUUUUUUCAGAGCCCUCCUUCCCACACGUCCCCUUUCAUCCCUCCCUCUGCGAGACACUGAAAGCUGGCGUUAUUGGAACUGAGCUAGAGGUAGGCGACGUCCUAAUGUACGAUCAGCGAGGUUUGAAGCGUGCACGGCCUAAUCCCGCUUAUACUUAUGACCAGCUACUUCUCGAUCAGCAUCUUGAUUCCGUGUUUUCCCCAUGGAAUACUAACAAGGGGAAAGGUAUCAAGAUGAGGAGACCGAGAUGGAGUCAGGCACACUCUAAGGUAAAAGAACAACACUAGCACUUUUUGUGUCCUACAACAUCGCAACGCCUCCGGGGUAUAGCAUACCUGGUAUGUAUUGGAACGGCCUUUGGGGUUCCAUGGCAACGAGACUACACUCUUGGGCGACAAGGGAGAAUAUUCUCAUUUUAUGAAGAGAAGAUAGCGAUAUUGUGUUGUUGACUUGUAGUAGAAGAGUGUGACAAGAACUACUUGACCACGUAGUAAAAUGAGGGCACAUGACAUGACAAAAGUUGAACAUUCUCUCAGCAUAAACAAUGAUCACUCGUCCUAAGAUUCUCCUAAAAACACAAGUUGACGUUGUAAGAAGUUCUUAGACUCACUUCUCUCUCUAACCCUUCGCACGAUCGACCGCACUAUCGAGUACAUGUGGGAUAGGUGGAUCCUGCCAGUCGAGUGGCAGGGCCGCGACCUAGCGGUAGAACUCGGCUACUUGACAGAUGGCAGCCAGUCCAUGGCGCAAAAGGCUUCUUCCGCUUUUAAGGGUGGCGUGGAGUCUACGGAUGCGACGCAUUACGCACACGGCGUGGAUCGGGCGACGCGGCACUACUGAUGAUGUGGUAGAUCUGCAGGGGAGAGCGAGUGAUUGUAUGUAAAUGAUUGUAUUGGUUGGAUCAGUUUGGAAAAACGAAUUUGUACUUACUUGACACUUAUGCUCGCUUGGUGAUAGGACAAAAAGAACGAAGCCGUCAUUGGACGAACGGAAGCAACAAUGCCACAAAGACCAUUUUGAAUCUUGCGCUGUUACUGGGAUAGAGGGCAACUCUGUCAUUGGAUGAGAAUACUGAUACUCAAGGGACAGCGCCGUGG